UCUUAUUGUUGUUAAUAUCUAUUGUUAAUUGAAGGAUUGUUUUCUUCUUCGAUUGUUGCGGUAGGUGGCGUUGUUAGUGCGAACGUGAAGAACGAAGCACUGACAUUCGGCACGGCUCGACGUUCCCCACUUUGACGUUUUGUUUACAACCAAAAAUAACGAAUUGAAAUUCCGCUUACAGUAUAAGUACUCGCGUGCGGGAUUUUUAAAAGGGUUGGAGUUUAAAGAAACGUCGUUUACGUAGAUUAACACACGGUAGAAAGAUGUCUCCUUUUUAUGUUUCAAACACAACAAUCGAUAUAGAAAAUAUUUUUAAAUAUUCGCUAAUUCGGACAGUUUAUUUCCUAUAAAAACUUUAUAAAAAUACUAAUAUUUAGCCUAUGUUUAUAUAGAUUUAGGACUUAUCUAUUUAUAAAUACAAGGUAAGUUUUACUUUUAGUUUAUCUGGAAAACGCUUUUAUAGCCUAAAAUUUGAUGAAUGUAAAAAAAUACAACAAAACUUGGCCCAAAAACAAAAAUUCUAAUUUUCUAAAUGACGCCAGUGCACUAAAUUUUGGGGUAUUAAAAAAGAAAAUUGUUUAUUUUAUAAUACAUAAUUUCGUAUUGUAUUCGCGUGGUUUAUUUUAAAAACCCAAAUAAAAUAAUAAGUAAAUCUGUAUAUAUAUAUAUGUGUGUAUUCAUUUACAUACAUCUACUCUGCAAGAACGUAGGAAACGGACUGGAAUUUAAAGGAAUUUUUGGAUCGAUAAGUAGUUUGUAUGCCUUCUAUUGGCAUCGGACGUUAUUUUAUAAGAUAUUUGAUUGACGUCUUCCAGUUAACUAAGAAAAGAAAUUCUUUAAAGCUGGUUAUCUUCACUGUACUUUCUCAUUUUCCAAAAAUAUUCUUUGAUCUUUAAUAAGCUUAUUAUAUUGACUUAGGUUAUUCAUUACCAGAUCUUUUCUUCGUGUAAUGACAUUAUAUUUAUGUACGUAUAUCAGGACUUCGGCAAGAUAAUAUUCGACAAAGAGUAUUAAAAUUUUUAUAAGCUUAGACAAGUAUGACAAUAGGGGUGUAAAUUAAUUAAGACGAAAGUUUUGAAAUGAAAUAAUAGACAUUGAAUAGAGAAAACGAAUUGAAGCAUCAAAAUUUCCAGGUGUACCCGCACACCAAUAAUUUAUCAAUCCGGACCUAUAGAGUUAAUCGGGAUCUCCUUCUUCCACACACAGUCGAUGUUCCAGCGCAUCAAACCAAAGGCAUUAAUCUUGUUUACGGUAUUGAUGUUAUUCGAAAAUCACCAUUAAAAUUAUCAACCCGGUUAUUUCGAUCACAAAUAAUUACAUAAAUUAUUAUUAUUUCUAUUAAAUAAAACUUUGUGGAAAAGUGCAAAAAGUUCCGGCGAUGGGCAAGACAAAAAGAAAAUAUCGAACAAUAUAAAUGUCUUGUAUCAGAAAACCGCUAUUUUCAUGGGAAACAAUGGCUCUAAUGUUUACGGGAAAACAUUAUUUAGUUUUUUCAGAGUUAUUCUUUGUGUUAUUUUAGUGAAAAUGUCUUUGAAAGUUCUCUUUCGUCCUUAGCCUUAAUGCGAUUUAUCGAAUAAGGACCAAAGUUCACACUCCGGAGACCGUCGGAAAUAAGAUUCGGUAAGGAAACAGUCGUGGCCAGUGCAGAUGAUAUUCGAUCCCGAUCAGUUAUUGAACUACUUGAUUUUUACCCCCAUAUCGACCUGUAGUGCCGCGGUGUUUAUCCUGGCACUCUUCUACCACUUGCUGUUUGGCAAUUGUAAUAAAUCCCGAGGACACUUUCCCACUCUUCAUUACAAAGAAUCUAUAUUUUCUCGAUUUCUUCUGGAUCGAAUACCCGAUCUACGUCGACCUUACUAUCCCCCACUCUGGGCUUACAACCCUUACGUGCAAGCGUUGAUAAGUUAUCUGCUGCCUUGUCCGGAAGUUCGCUAUCGGCGACAAUAUCUACAACUGAAAGAUCGCGGAUUAGUGUCGCUCGAUUGGGCCGUUUGGUCUUUCCAGGGAGCGUGGAGAAACUCUUUAAACGACCAUCACUUGCUACUAAUACUACCCAACUUUACGGAAGAUGCCGUGGACGUGGGAGAGAUGAGUCUACGGGCUAUGGGAAAGGGAUUUCACCCGGUGGUUUAUAACAGAAGAGGACACGGACGUUCUCCGCUCACCACUCCCAAGUUCCAAUCCUACGGAGAUCCUUCCGAUCUUCGGCAGGCCGUCAAAUUUAUCAGGAGCCAAUAUUCUGGUCUCCGUCUUUCCGUAGUCGGCUACGGAACGGGGGCGGAUCUUCUCCUGUCUUAUUUGGGGGAGUACGGCAGUUCGGCCGACCUAACGGCGGGAGUUGCAAUAUCGCCCAUUUUCGAUCCCGAAAGCCUUUACAAACGCGGAUUGCCUCUUUUCUACGACUUUUCUCGUCUUUUGUCGUUUCGCAGGUUUCUCGGUCUACACUCUCACGCUCUAUCCGAGGUGAUAGAUUCGAAUGCCGCCCUUCUCAGUCGCACCGUUCCGGAAUUCGAGAAACGAGUCUACUGGAAGAUGUGCAAUUGCAACAAUUGGGACGAAUAUUGGGAGAAGAACGCGCCGUUGAGAGAUGCCGACGAAAUGUCGGUUCCUCUUUUGUGCGUGAGUAGUAAAGACGAUCCUCUCGUACCUCGGACGGCCAUUCCUUACCACGUUUUUCGAGUCUAUCCUCAAAUGAUUCUGGUGGAAACUGCUAACGGAGGCCACUGCUGCUUUUUCCAGUCGGGUGCGCUAUUUCCUCCAUCCUGGGCUAAUUCAUUAACUUUAGAUUUUAUUAAAGUGACCUUGGAAUUUUCUUCCGUGGAAGAACAAAUUACCAAAGCCGCUCUCCUUCGGAACGUACGGUGAAACCUUCAACGCGCAAGUACUCUACUACGGUUCCUUCUACAACAUCAAAGAGAUGAUCGCCGGUGUUAUUUAUAUUUCUUAUUUAUCGAAUUGCUUAAGGAUGUUACAGAAAUUAAAUAAAAUAUAAUUUAUUACUUAAUGGCACGCUUUCUUUCUCCGUAUAAACUGGAAUAAAGAAGCCCGUAAAUCAUAAUACUCUACUUUAUUUGAUAGAAGAUACUCCUUACCGUCG